AUGAGCGCGAGAGCUUUGCUUAUCUCCUUUUACUCAGCUCCAAAACACCAGUUUUCGUCAAGAAGAACACUUGGCUCGGAUUUUACCAUCAAAUCUAAACUUGGGUCACGAUCAUUUUCAAGUGAAAAAACCAUUUUUCACCUAAUCAGGAUUUCGAGUAGUUCCAGGAAUGAUUUGGUUAGAAGGAAGAGUGGGAAAGUGUGGGCAGACGUCAAGUCGGAGCGGUACGAUGUCGUUGAAUCUACGCCGGAGUCUGUGAAGUUGGAGGAUGCGUUAAGUGACGUCGUUUUGAGGAAUGAGGAUUGUAAUGACAUCAGUGCACUGCCAUGGUGGAAACAGUUCCCAAAGCGUUGGGUUAUUGUGAUUCUGUGCUUCUCUGCUUUCCUACUCUGCAAUAUGGAUAGAGUAAACAUGAGCAUUGCUAUACUUCCAAUGUCAUCAGAGUUCCAUUGGAGUCCAACAACUGUUGGUUUCAUACAAUCUUCCUUUUUCUGGGGUUACCUUCUCACUCAGAUUGCAGGAGGAAUAUGGGCAGAUACUGUUGGUGGGAAGUUUGUUUUAGCAUUUGGUGUAGUUUGGUGGUCAAUAGCUACAGCUCUAACACCAAUUGCUGCAAAACUUGGUUUGCCUUUCUUGCUUGUGGUCCGUGCUUUCAUGGGGAUUGGUGAGGGUGUUGCCAUGCCUGCCAUGAACAAUAUACUGUCAAAAUGGGUUCCAGUGGCAGAGAGAAGUAGGUCAUUGGCAUUUGUUUACAGUGGAAUGUAUCUUGGAUCUGUAACUGGUCUAGCAUUUUCACCAAUGUUGAUCCAUAAUUUGGGUUGGCCAUCUGUCUUUUAUUCAUUUGGCUCACUAGGGACCGUAUGGUUUGCUUUGUGGAUUACUAAGGCGCACAGUUCACCUCUUGAUGACCCUGAAUUACUGCCUGAAGAAAAGAAGCUGAUUCUUGGCAACAGCGUAUCGAAGGAACCAGUUAAAUCUAUACCUUGGAAAUUAAUUUUGUCAAAACCACCUGUAUGGGCCUUGAUAGUGUCCCAUUUCUGUCACAACUGGGGAACAUUUAUUCUUCUUACAUGGAUGCCUACGUACUAUCACCAGGUGUUGAAAUUCAAUCUUACUGAAUCUGGACUUUUUGCUGUCUUUCCGUGGCUUACAAUGGCCUUUUCUGCAAAUCUUGGGGGCUGGAUUGCAGAUACUCUUGUGAGCAAAGGUGUAUCUGUGACCAAUGUUAGGAAGAUCAUGCAGACAAUUGGAUUUCUUGGCCCUGCUUUCUUCUUAACUCAGUUGAGCCACGUGAAUUCUCCUGCUAUGGCAGUUUUGUGCAUGGCAUGCAGUCAGGGAACUGAUGCUUUUUCACAGUCAGGUUUAUAUUCAAACCAUCAGGAUAUUGCUCCACGAUAUUCAGGUGUAUUGCUUGGUCUGUCUAAUACUGCUGGAGUGCUGGCUGGGGUUUUUGGUACUGCUGCUACUGGUUAUAUAUUGCAGCAUGGUUCUUGGGAUGAUGUCUUCAAGGUUUCAGUUGGUCUCUACUUAGCCGGCACUGUGAUAUGGAAUCUCUUUUCGACUGGUGAGAAGAUAAUUGAUUGA